GACAAUGCUCUCUGCAUUCCCCAACCUCCUGAAGACUUAGGUGCUCGACAUUUGAUCCAAGCCUUAGAAGAAUUUACGGGCGAUGUUGGCAAGCAUCAAGCUUGAUAGCCCAUCAUGACAACCACUACCGUCUCUGCGUCCACCCCCGCAUCUAACGUGCCAUUGACGACAUUAUUCACUCCACCAAGCUCCUGCGACAACUAUUCUUGGAUUUCCUCGGAUUGUUUGGGGACUACGUGCCGGGGUGUAUAUAACAUAGUACGCGCGACUGAAUCAGAAUGUUAUCCACCUGGCUGGGCGACCUCAGCGACAACGUUCUCGCCGGGGCUGGUUUGUCCGAGUGGAUAUUCCAUCGCGGCCACCACACUGGCCUCAUACGGUGCUGCGAGUAGCGAGACUCGGGCGACAUGUUGUCCUAGUGGCUUCACCGUUGCAACCGAAAGCCCUCUGGCGUGGUACACACCCGAGCCAUGUAUCAGAACAACUGAUGUCGCUACAACUAUCACGUUUAAGGUCGUUGGCGUGACACCCACCACUACAACGGCAAUCACCUGGUCCAAUCCUAUAUACCAUGCAAUGCCAGUCGGUCUUGCGUGGCAGUCGUCGGAUACCGUAUCUACAUCGGUAGAUGUCACGCCCAAGACAGCAACAAGUUCCACGACGGCAACUAAUUCCGCGGCUGCAACGACAAGUUCAGCGCCUAGCUCGGGGGAAAGUAGUUCAGGUCUCUCGACCGGCGCAAAAGCUGGUAUCGGUGUUGGUGUUUCCGUUGGCGUGAUUGCCAUCGCCCUUGCUAUCGGCGCAUUUUUCUGGCUACGGCGGAGAAAGCCCCAGGGGAGUCUCCAGCAGGUUCCCAGUGAAUAUGGGUCGGCGCCAAAGACCCCUAGUCAUGUGAAACCCACUGAACUGGAGGAUAUGUCAUCGACUUCUGGGGCAACUGAGUUGCCGACAGACUAUCCCAGACUGCAUGAGCUUAGAGGUUAAGCAGAACGAUGAAUAGGCUCGAGGAUUGAAG